CCUGCGGAUAAGCAUUAAUGAUAAUUCGGACCCAAAACCAAUCCAUCAUCUUUGUUUUUCCUUCGUCUGAAAGUCAAUCUCUUCCAUGGCCAUGUCUCUCUUUCCUUUAUCAUUGUUCAAUCUGUUGUGGUCAACCACACUCGUAUUCUCUUUAAUCUCUUUCUAUUUCAUCGCAAACUCCAUCUCAGCCCAAACACCAUGUUCUGAAACUGACGCCUUUCACAAGCUCAACGUUGUCUCCAACCCGGACGGAACCCUCACCCGAUUAAAACCCCGUCCGGUGAGCCCUCCCUCACCGGAUCCCAACCUCCCCAUCGCUGUUCUUUCCAAAGAUCUCUCCAUUAACCCUUCCAAACCCACGUCGGUUCGCAUUUUCCUACCUCGCAAUGCCCUCUCUUCCUACAAGAAAUUGCCCCUCGUUGUCUUCUUCCACGGCGGAGGCUUCAUCGUCCUUAGGGCAGCCUCCACCAUGUUUCACGAUUUCUGCUUCAACAUGGCCGACUACCUCGGUGCCGUUGUCGUCUCUGUCGAGUACCGCCUCGCUCCGGAGCAUCGACUGCCUGCGGCCUACGACGAUGCCAUGGAGGCCCUGCAUUGGAUCAAAACGCGUCCUGACGGUUGGUUGAGUCAUUACGCCGAUCAUUCAGAGUGUUAUCUGAUGGGAAGCAGCGCGGGGGGCAACAUCGCGUACCACGCGGGAAUCCGUGCGGCGGAGCAGGGGAAGCAUCUUGCGCCGUUGAAGAUUAGAGGGCUGAUCCUGGUACAACCGUUUUUUGGUGGGAUCAAGAGGACGGGAUCGGAAGUGAGGAUGAUGGACAACAAGCGGUUGCCGCUCUGCGUGACGGACCUGUUGUGGAAGUUGUCGUUGCCGGCGGGAGUUGACCGGGAUCACGAGUACUGCAAUCCGACGGCAGGAGACGGAAGGGAGAGAGUGGAGGAGAUCGGAAGACGAGGGUGGGGAGUGGUGGUGACAGGGACUGGGGGGGACCCACUGGUGGAUCGACAGAAGGAGGUGGUGAAGAUGAUGGAGGAGAGGAAAGUGAGGGUGGUGGGCCACUUCACAGAAGGAGGCUACCACGGUAUUCAGGAUCGGGAUCUGUUGAAAGCUAAGGAACUGUAUGCGGUUGUGAAGAAAUUCAUGUCCUCAUGCGGUGCUGAUGAAUAAGGAUGAAGCGUCGUCGUUCCUCAUCGCACAUUGUUUGUGUAGUGCUGAUGCAGUUCAGCUGAGUUAUCAAUGAUUUGCAUCUUAAGAUUGAAUAAUAAAAUCUCAUGUGAAGGCGAUGAAAGGAAGCGAUCAAGGCUGCUUUUUUAUUAUGGAAAUCACCUAACCUUUAACCCUCACAAAGAACAACCAUAAUUUUCACCCUUACAUGAAUUUUAUUGAGUUGACGAUGAGAUUAAUGUAUAGACAUUGAAGCAUUAAUUUCAGUUUUGUUUAUCCAGAGAAAAAUAGGACGGAUGACUAUCUUGUUGACUUAUAGUCUUCCUUAUAAUUUUAACAUUUUCUAUCAAUCACCUACUUAAUAGGCUCGGGUGGUUGCCGUUUUUUCUUUGGCUGUUGUGUUUUUUUUCCCCUGUUUCUUAUAUAAGUGGUUUGCA